AUGUCCGAGGAGACUAAAAAAUUAAAAGCUGAAAUAAAAGCAUUACGCACACAACUAGCCCAACUACAACAGCGUCAUGAGAACUACUAUGUUUCAAGUGCAGCUCAACAUAAUUGGCUUGGUAAUAUGCAAAUUCCUGAAACUGGACACGCAUCAAAAACCGUAAAAACAAUCAUUGAGAAUACACAUACCUUAGAUUUUAACCAACAGUUAAAUACAUCAUCUUAUGUAAACGUUAGCUUCGAAGAAGAUGAAGAAGCUGUAGCCUUAAUGGGAUUACGCGUCAAUUUGGCAGAUCAAACAGUCUACCCCCAAUCCUACAAAAUGCAUAAUAGUGUGGUUAAUAUGAUUGCCCGCCUAUGGCACUGCCCAGAACCUGAAGAUUUUUCCGAAUAUGGUACUUACCCUGGGGCAGGAACAGUAGGAUCUACAGAAGCUUGUUUAUUAGCAGGUUUAGCCCUCAAAUUUCGCUGGCGAGCUUGGUAUGCGAAACGUAACAAUUUAAAUACAGAAGAAGUUCUAGCAAUACGCCCUAAUCUAGUUAUAUCAACUUGCUUUCAAGCGGCUUGGGAAAAACUACUCAAAUAUAUGGAUAUCGAGCCUAAAUUUAUUCAACCAUCAGUAGAGAACUUCACACUAUGCCCCCAAAAAGUCCGUAAUGCGAUUGAUGAAAAAACGAUUGGUGUCGUUUGUAUUAUGGGCAACCACUAUGCUGGACAAUAUGAUCCUGUAUGGGAAAUAGAUCAAGUUAUUGAAGAGAUUAAUACAGAACAAUCUUAUCAAGUUGGCAUUCAUGUAGAUGCUGCUUCAGGAGGUUUUAUUGCUCCAUUUCAAAGAGACCUACCGCCUUGGGAUUUUCGCCUCAAAAAUGUGCUAUCGAUUUCAAGUAGCGGGCAUAAAUAUGGUGAAUCUUGUUGCGGCACUGGCUGGAUCAUCUGGCGUCAACGUAAAAAUUUAAGUGAGCAUAUUGCUAUCUCCGUAACUUAUCUUGGCGGAAAAGCGGACUCUUAUACCUUAAAUUUUUCGAGACCUGCCAGUGGUGUCUAUGUCCAGUACUACAAAUUUUUACGUUAUGGCCAAAAAGGAUAUCAAACGUGUUGUGACAAUAUGAUGCAGAACGCGAAAUUCCUACGUGAUGGUCUAAAGAGUAUGACUUAUAAAGGUAUCCCCCGCUUUAUCCUGUUAGAUCAUGGUGAUAAACAUUGCCUACCUGUUGUCAGCGCGAUGUUAAAUCCAGCCUGUAAUUUUUCUUAUGACGAUAUUGAUUUACAACAUGUACUCUCUCAACAUCAUUGGUAUGUUAGUGGUUACCAAAUGAGUUUUGAUCACCCCUUGACAGAAGAAAAAACACCACUCUUAUAUGAUGAACAGGCAACACAAACUAUGUUUAGAAUUGUUGUCAAAAACAAUUUAACAAGAGACUUAGCAGAACACCUUUUACGUUCAUUUCAGGCUGCCUUCGAAUUUCUAGACUCGAUCAACGACUCGGAACAACCUGGGCUAAAAAUGCACAAGAUAAGACACAUAGAUCAAAGAAAACCUGCUACACAUUGUUGA